AUGUGGUUAGAAGAGUGUGAUAGUUUUGCGGAACUGUGUCGGGGUUACCUGCCUUAUUAUUUAUUGAUAGUUUUACCUAUUUUUAUUAUAAUAUCACCGGCCAACCCCGUGGCAGCUUCUCACGAGUUUCCCGUUUUUCGGAUGCACCAGUACGACUUACAUGGAGUUCCCCACGGGUGUCGUAGUGCUCCAAUUUCCUUAGAAGCUAGAUCGCUCGCAGGAUGGAGCACUUCAAGGCACUGUGUUGUAACUAGUAUUUUGGAUAUCAAGCCAGAUAUGUAUAAAAAUAUCCGAGUUAAAGCUGGGGCUUUGAUUAUCGUUCUUCCUGAAAAAAUGGAUACCCUGAGUGAGGAACAGAGGCAGCAUAUAUUGGCAGUGGAAGAAUCGAUGUUGUUCGGUCCAGAGACUCCAAUUCCAGUUUAUUUUGCUCCUUGGAGUCCGGACCUCCAAAUAAUUUUAGACGACGUUGUUGGCGGUUUCGUAACCGAUGGAAAAUCUGACACAGCUGCAGAACUAAUGCUCAAUUCUAUUGCUGCCAGUGGCUACCAAGUAGUCGUUGCCACAAGUCAGGCAACUGCAAAAACUGACGUGAAAGUUGCCACUUUACAAGGGAAAUUGACCGGCAUCGGUGCCGAAGAAAAAUUGCCUACUAUAGCUCUAGUCGCUCAUUACGAUAGUACAGGAGUUGCACCGGAACUGUCUUUUGGAGCAGAAAGCAAUGCCUCCGGAGUGGCGAUGCUACUCGAAUUAGCGAGGAUAUUUUCCGCACUUUAUUCCGUCGGACGUUCACGUCCACGAUUUAAUCUAGUUUUUCUAAUAACUGGAUCUGGAAAAUUAAAUUACCAGGGCAGUAAAAAGUGGUUAGAAGACCAACUUGACGGGUUAGAGGGUCCAGUUAUACAGGAUGGUUCAUACGUGAUUUGUCUGGAUUCUAUCUCAGCGAGCAAUAAUUUAUACGUACAUGUCUCGAAACCGCCGAAGGAAAACUCUUCAGGUGGACUAUUUUAUAAGGAACUGAAGGCGGUGGCCGACAAUUUGGGCUACUCGACGGUUGAAGGUAUUCACAAGAAAAUUAAUCUUGCCGACGAGACCCUCGCGUGGGAGCACGAACGAUAUAGUAUUCGAAGAUUGCCAGCGGCCACUCUCUCGAGUUUAAAGAGCCAUGAGGAUCCUGCAAGAAGAACCUUCUUGGAUGUAAUUAAGGAUGGACAAGUUGAUAGACUUUACGAGCACACAACCGUUGUCGCCGAAGCGUUAGCCAGGCAUAUCUACAACUUGAGUUCUGGUCAGAUAUUCGUGGAUCCAUUGAGUGUGUCCAAAGAAUCUCUUUCGCUUUGGUUGGAAUAUCUGGCCUCGCAACCAAGAGCAGCUGUUUUGUUGUCGGAUAAACAGAACGCACUUGUCAGUGCUCUCAAAGAAAUAAUGAUGCGAUACCUUGGGGACGUGAAAGUAACGCAUCAUAGUCCCGAUAAACGAGACCCGGAAUUCGUAUUUUACGAUGUCACCAAAGCGACAUUAAAUGUCUACAGUGUGAAGCCAGCAGUGUUCGACCUCUUCCUGACAAUUGCCAUAGUAUUGUACUUAGGAAUCGUGUACCUAGCAGUGCACAACUUCCCACGCGUUUACGCCCUAGCAACUAGGCUCUUCGUCAAGACUAAGGUAUCAUAAAUUGCCGAUGUAAUUAUACCUCGCAAAACUCGAACUGACAUUGAAAAGUAGAGUCUUUUCAGCGUUAUUUAAAUUACGUAAUACUUAAUUUGUGAGAGAUGAUUUCUUACAAAUUCGAGCAAUAAUUCAUUGAAGUAACUUACAAAUUGUCUACAAUUAAGUUUAUAAAUUAAUGGCGAGCCCCAAAAAGGGCACCCCUUGCGCUGAAGAGAAAAAUCUUUUACCAUUUUCGUACGGCAGAGUUUUGCGGAAAGCGUACGGACAUUGCCGUACUAAAUUUAAAAAAGUUUAAAAAACAGCCAACAUUUUUACAAGAAACUAUGAAACUAAAUACAAAAAUUGACACCAAAAAUUACAGAAACGUAGAAAUUUUGUUUUUAUUGAGACGAAUUUUGUAUUUUGUUGCAAGCUUUGUUGCCAUAUAUAUUACAAUCAUACAACAGUAAACAAAAAAAUCGUUUAAAUAAUAGAAAAAGGUCUAAUUUCUUGUAAGUUUUCUUGUAAUUUAUUUUAGUUAUUUGUAUUUUCAUAUGAAAAUUGUUAGAAUUUUUCCUAAUUAUUUUUAAAAAAUUUUCCUUCAGAUUGAAAAAAAAUUGGAUUAUUUUUGGUGAAAUUUUUGAUAACAAACAGAAACUAUCUAAUUAGGGUUUUUUAAGACGGAACUUUUUUCAUUCUUUUCUGAAAUUUUUAUUUUACGCUACGCCCCGAUAACAAUUAGUUCAUGUACGAAAAUCGAGUUGGAUUUUUCAUCGGUGCAGGUUUUGUAUUUUAUUUCCAACCUAUUUUUUUCAUUCGUUACGUGCCGUCAAAUUUUCCUAGUCCUUUACAAUACUUAGCGAACAAAUUAAAUAUCUAGAAUCGUUUGUCUGGACGUAAGAUUAAAAAAAAAAAAAUGUCGAGAAAUUCGAUUCCUCCCAUUGAAAAUUGCAAGACCAAAAUAAUUUUAUAAUCGCCCUAUGAUACGUCGAAUGUUACUCGUGUUUGGGAUGCAUUUUUCUCUGGUUCUUUAGUCGGAAGCUUUUGUGUACCUCGUGCGAGAAAAUCUGAGGACAGAAACCCGCAGGAAAUGUUUUUAAUAUAGAAUUUUAUUCAAGUUUUGCCCUUUCAUCGUCAGAAAGGCAGAAUAAUAGUGAGAACCAUGCAAUCAUUUGUGAAUAAUGUCUGUAAUUCACUGUAUAAAUAGAAAUAAAUAAUUAAUUAUGUUUUUUUAUGCAUUAUAUUCCAAUGGAAUAGAAUUGCUUUCUCAUAGAGGAAGAAUCGAAUGUAUGGAGCUAAAGUCGUGAAUUUACUAAUCCAUAUGCUGCAUCUUAUUCAGAUGAAACGAAAGUGUAAAAAAUGAAUGAUUAAAUAUGUAUUAUAUACAAUAAACGUUGGCCAAUCCGAAAA